AUGGCUUCCAAAGGCAUCGCCCUCAUCCUCGGCGCCGGCUCCAACGUCGGCCAAGCCCUCUCCUCCACCUUCUCCCAAGCCGGCUACAAAGUCGCCCUCGUCUCCCGCUCCGCCAAAGAAUCCUCCUCCGCCACCCAAGUCUCCAUCGCCGCCGACCUCACAAACCCAGACUCCAUCCCGCCCAUCUUCGACUCCGUCCGCAAGGCCCUCGGCGCGGACCCAAACGUCGUCAUCUACAAUGCCGCGGGUCUCACUCCCCCCAGCGACAAGACGAACCCUUUUACUAUUGACAUUGCCAAGUUUGAGAGUGAUCUGAGGCUUAUGAACACUUCGGCGUAUGUUGCUGCUAGGGAGGCUGUUGCUGGCUUUGAGAAGCUUGACAAGUCGCUGUCAAAGGCGUUUAUCUACACUGGUAACUGGCUGAAUGCCGUUACUAUGCCCAACCCGAUCUACGUGACCCUGGGGAGCGGCAAGAGUGCUGCGGCUUCAUGGAUUGGUGCCGCGAGUGUACAUUACAAGGAGAAGGGAUACGGCUUCUACUUCGCCGAUGAGCGUACCCCUGAAGGAAAGGCCGUUGGCGGUGCCAUCUCCGGUCCCGCACACGCAGAGGUCUAUCUUCAACUGGCCGACGGCAAGGUUGACGCCCCGUGGCACACGACUUUCGUCGCCGGCAAGGGCAUCGUCGACUUCCCCGAGACUCGCAAGGCCUACAUUGACGCUUAA